CGUCUGCUAGUGCUGUCGUCAGUCUCGCGUUCGGUUUGUUGUGAUUGUGUAUUGCUGUGAACCUUUAGUUAUGUGUAUAUUAGUUCGGUGAGAAUUGCUUAGAUAUCUAAUAAGUGAGUGAAUUUAAGUGACCAUGUACUGCCAAGUGGAUAAAUCAAUGAGUAAUUCAUCAACAAAGAUCAAGGAUGGUAAGACCAAGACUAUCAACGCGGGUCUGGUUUCCUCUGCCUCCGCCGACGCUCUUCAGCUCAAGAAGCAAGGAGUUACCAUGCGAGAGAAGAAGAGCGGAGCGCUUAGCAGAGUGCAGAAAAUUAAGAAAAGACUCAGCCACAGUUUCGGCAGACUAUCGAUAUCCAAAGACGAACCAGAAGACCGCAACCGUGUGACGAAGCUACCUUUCAAUGGUUAUAGUGACGAGUUCCUAGAUAGACUGGAGCCUAAUGGCAACAUCCCCAACGACAAAGAUCUCAGAUAUGACUGGGAUGGCCUAGGAGACCACGACCGAGUCAAGAGACAACUGUCAGUGUCCAGCGACUCCAAGCUCCUGGACGAGGUGAUAUGCGAGGAGACCCGAGUCAUACUGAGGCCCAAGAAGCCGCCCAGGCCUAAAUCAGAGGUCUUCCUCAAUAAGGAUCAGCAGAAUUCCAACCGUCGCAGGACCAAGCGGUUUUCAGCGUUCGGGGGAGAUUCUCCUUUUGGCAAGUCAGAGGCUUACAUAAAACUAGAACAGUUGGGGGAAGGAUCCUAUGCAACUGUCUUCAAGGGAUAUAGCAAUCUGACAAACCAAGUUGUGGCCUUAAAAGAGAUACGGCUUCAAGAAGAGGAAGGAGCUCCAUUUACAGCGAUACGAGAAGCUUCACUUCUGAAGGAACUGAAACACAACAACAUCGUGACGUUACAUGACAUAGUACACACUCGUGAAACACUUACGUUCGUCUUCGAGUAUGUGCACACAGACCUGUCCCAAUACAUGGAGAGACAUCCCGGAGGUUUGAAUCACUCAAACAUCAAAUUGUUCCUGUUCCAACUGUUGAGAGGGUUAGCGUACUGUCACAAACGUCGGGUGUUGCAUCGCGACGUCAAACCACAGAACCUUCUCAUAAGCGAGAUGGGCGAACUCAAACUGGCUGACUUUGGUCUCGCCAGGGCCAAGUCUGUCCCGUCACACACAUAUUCUCACGAGGUGGUCACUCUAUGGUACAGACCUCCAGAUGUGCUGCUAGGCUCUACACACUACUCCACGUCACUAGAUAUGUGGGGAGUGGGCUGUAUCUUUGUAGAGAUGAUCACUGGAGUUCCUACCUUCCCAGGAGUCAGGGAGACGUACGACCAGUUAGAUAAGAUAUUUAAAAUUCUGGGAACACCCACAGAGGAAGACUGGGAAGAGGUGAGUCAACUACCGGGAUACAAGCCACACAAGCUGGUGUUUUACAGAGGCCAGAAACUGGGGCUGUCGUUCCCUAGACUUUACGACAUUGUGGAAGGAGAGAGCAUGGCCUCGUCAUUGCUUCAGCUAAAUCCGGAUGACAGGAUAGGUGCUGAAGAGGCUCUAAGACAUCGAUAUUUCUUCAACCUUCCAGAGAAACUGUACGAGUUGCCUGAUGAAACUUCAAUCUUCAGUGUCCACGGUAUCUACUUGCUGCCAGAAGGCAGAGCUCCAGGACUGAAAACCUGAAUACACCUUGCAUAUCUCGCUAGCUCAAAUUGUUAUAUAACUUCACAUCGUCUUUUAUAUCUGUGUUUUUUUACUGUAAGUGUCAACUGAACUGAACAGGGUCGAACUUUACGAAGCGUACAUGACAUAGAUCGGGCGAUAAAAUGACUAAUGAUUUUUUUACGUUGAUAGGUAAUCGCUGUUAAGUAUUAAACGAUCCUAAUAGAGUUACUAUGGCGAUAUAUAUUUUUUAACCGUUAGCUAUUUGUCGGAGCGUCGCGGAUUCAUGUUCAAUGUGAUCGACAGCAUUUCGGAAAAUAGUCAUUCCAUGAGGAAUGUGUUGCCAAACUCUUUUAACUUAGAUUAGACUAGAGAGAAGGGUGGAUUAGGUUAGGAGAAUCAUUCCUCUAAUCGAUUAUGCUCAAUCAAAGGACUGGUGUUGUUCAUUGGUUUUGUUUUAUACGGUUUUACAGUUCAUUUUCACCUGUUUGAGUUACAAAAGUUUAAAUGUUGCAUUUUACUUUGUACGGCACCUUUUGACAUGUGCCAAAUCAGUCAUUUCACUUUGUGUUGAAUUGCUUGCAUUUUAUUGAUUUGUUCAUGUGUUGUUUGUUGAAAUGUCAAGCUCCUUCAGUAAGCUAGUAAAAAUAGAUCUGAUAGUACAUCCUUCAUAUAGAUUGGCACAAGUUAAAGUUGGCUUCCUUGAGCUUCUUGAACUGACAAAAUGAACAAUUUAUAUAAUUAUGUAAUUUGUUUAAUUGUGGCGUAAUCGUAAGAAUUCAAUAAUGUUUAUAUUAAUUUAUUUCUGUAACCAACCUUAACAUGUCUACUAUUUUAGGUAGUUGGAAAAAUAUGACUAAUAUAUUAUAUUUUAUAUUUAUAUUACUCUUAAUACCAGUCAUUUGUUCAAUUUUUCUUGGUGAAUUUGUAUUGUAUUGAUUAUUAAAACUUAUUUCCCUGAAUUUGUCUUUUUUUAGGAUUUGUUCAGUUUGUAUUCAGUGUCAAGUGCUUACUUCAAGAUUUUCACCCUUAUCCCUCAGAAUGUGUUGGGGGCAUUUGAUUGAAGUGUAAUCUUCUAGUGUCUAUUGAUUGUUUUUUGUCUUGAAAUCUUAAUAAGUAAUGAUUUUGAAAUUUUGUUAAUGCCUUUUAUUUAGCUUCAAAUAUCAACAUAUUGAUUUUUAUGCAUUUUGGUAAAACAUAGUACAUCCUCCUCAAACCAAUACGCCCAACCAAUGAAAAUUGAUGAUUGUCUGGGUAUAAUUUUUUGUGUGACUUGGUUCGUUUACAUUUAUUGACUUAAUCUAAAAUUAAAUAGUCACUAGUCAAGUAUGUUUGAUUUGGAUUUUAUUUUUGUAAAAAUCCUUGCACAAGAGAUAUUUUUAGAUGACUGGCCAAAAUAAAAAGAUUCUACACCAGAUUAGUUAUUAUUGUGGUAGGACAGAAAAACUUUCUGCUUAUAAGAAGUAAAGGGUCAUAUCAAAUAUGAUGACUUAUUUCAGGUAAGGACUGAUAAACGACUAGGUAAAGAUAAAUAAAUAAAACUGUUUUUGAGUCUUUAUCAAACCUAAAUUUGUCUUCUGUAUGGUCUUCCCAGUUUUCCUUUUUUACAUUAAUAAAUAAUAUUGUUUCUUGUACGAUCAGUCUUGCCAACAAAGGUGUAACAUUUACUGUUUAUAUAUUUCACAGUCACUUGCUAUGUAUCUCUGCAAAAUUGGACCAUGGUGGUCAUAAGUUAUUUGAUGAAACUUAUUUAUUGAUGUUUUUAAAAAUGUAACCAAAAACCUUGAUUUUUUAAAUAAAAACAAUGGCAAAAUUGCAAUGGCAAAGCUACACAAGUAUUGGUAAAUUUUAAUUUUAAAACUUAGCACUAAAUGGUCAAAAUUUGGUUUCACUAUAGAUAGUUUGCUCUUCAAAUCAUGAUUGUUUACAAUUCAAGAUGCUACUUGAUCAAAAUAUUUUAUCCGAUCUUAAGUUUUCUUGUAAAUUUUAAUUUUUAACCCAGACCCCAAGUCAACUUUUUAUAGCGGUUAAAUGAACUGUUUUUAGACAUUUACCGCUGUAAUGAUUUUUUUUUUCAAUAGUGUUUACACACAAUUUUAUCUCAUUUUUUGUCUGGAACACAUCAAGAAAUUGUAUUAAAUAUAUAGCCUAAUAUGAACAAUAUGUUUGUAUUGUACAAAUUUCUAAGCGGAAAACAUGUAUAAAGAAUGUAGCCUGGUUAGUGAAGCCUUGGCUGAGGUAUUUCCAAAUUAUAGAGCAAAAAAAAAACACAUUCAUAAUGUAACUUUAUUGAUGGAGCUCUAAUUUAGUUACAAAUUUUAGACUCCUAAUAAUAGGCUACUGUAUGAGAUUGGAAGGAGUCCAUUUUAUUUCGCACCGUCCCUUGCUCUGCCAUAUAGUGUGCAUUUUGAACCAUCCUGUAAAAUACAAGCUCUCUGUAUAUAGUUGUAUAAUGUGUAGAUUAUUUAGCCGCAGAAUAGAAUUUGUAAUGACAAACCUAUGAAGUAGUAACAGAUAAUUCAACUUUAACAAUUAGUGUUAGCAUCAUAAAUAACAAUAAUAGGAAACUAUUUUAAAACUUUAACAUCGAGGUAAUUUUUGUUGUUUGAAAAAAUAGGGGUGCCAAAUUGUCCAAAAUAACUGUUACUUUUGGACACAACAGUGUUUGUUCGGGAUCCAACAACAAAAGCAUGAUUGUAGACUGUGCACUGCAGACUUCAGACAUAUAAUACUGUACACUAAUCCGACAAGCCAGGUUAAAUACAGUAGCAAUAUUUUUAAAUAAUUCGUAGAAUUGUUUAAAAUGUUUGCAACUAAGUUUCGACCAAACUUUUCAACACUUUCACAGAUUUCGGAACUGUAUUUAUCCACAAUUGUAGAAUCAGAAAGAUAUGCCAUAGAAUUGUUAUAAUUCAAUAUUGUUUUAGGUAUCUUUUAUAGGUUUGUAAAAGCUCUUAAACAUACUGUUGAUCUCUAUUCGUAAUUGUUUAAUGUCUUGUAACAUAAUGUUCGGUUUAAAAUGCACACUAUUAUAAAUACAUCUGUAAUGUAAUGCAUCUGUAAAUAUCCUGUGGUUAUUUAUAUUACUUGAAACCAGAUUAGAAAUUAUAUUAAAUUUUAAUGUGAAUUUGUAU